CCACGAUGUGAUCUGCAUCUUCCUCCACUCCAUUCUCCUGUUCCUUUUACCUCAACCUCCAACAUUUUUGCCUUAUUUAGCAAAUAAGAUUAAUCAGUCUUCAUCGUUGGCAGUGAUGUCCAGUGAAAGAGGAAAAGAUUUGGCAGAAGGGUCAUCGAGAUCCCCAGGUGAUCAGCAGUCGGUAACACCAAGCCGAUAUGAGUCGCAGAAGCGGCGAGACUGGAACACCUUUGGCCAGUACUUGAAGAACCAGAGGCCCCCAGUUCCACUGUCACAGUGCAAUUGCAACCAUGUGCUUGACUUCCUUCGAUAUCUGGAUCAGUUUGGAAAGACUAAAGUUCACCUCCAAGGAUGUAUGUUUUUUGGACAGCCCGAGCCGCCAGCUCCUUGCACUUGCCCACUGAGACAGGCUUGGGGCAGCCUUGAUGCACUGGUUGGGAGGCUUCGAGCUGCUUACGAGGAAAAUGGUGGCUCACCAGAGACCAAUCCUUUUGCCAGUGGCGCGAUCCGGAUUUAUCUUCGAGAGGUGAGGAGUCAGUCCAAGGCAAGGGGGAUUCCAUACAAGAAGAAAAAGAAGAAGGCUGGUGAAUCGACUUCUUCAGGGCAGUUCUCUUGAUUGCUAUGGCUGUUUUGGAAAAUGGAUCAUAUGCCGAAUGUUUGAAUGGAGAAGAUCAUUAGAUGGAAAAUUUUAUUGAAGUUGAAGUUCUACUUUGAUAAUGGCUUUUCUCUUCGCAAAUAGCUAUAAUCAAGGGGCUUGAUCGCAGCAUGCUGUUGUUAGGUGUCCCCAUUUUGUUUGCCAUAUUUGGGAACUUUUAAUCUCUUAUUAAAUCAUAACUCUUGAUAGCAUUGAGGGUUUCAUGGUAAAACUGUUGCUUGCUGUAUUUGAAUAAUAGUACUUUGUAAUUUUCUGUCUCUCCUUCAUACCUGCA